AUGGCCACUGCACAGUUGCAGAGGACUGCCAUGAGUGCAUUGGUAUUUCCCAGUAAGAUAUCAACUGAGCAGCAGUCUUUGGUUUUGGUGAAGAAGCUACUAGCUGUUUCAGUAUCCUGUAUCACAUAUUUGAGAGGAAUAUUUCCAGAAUGUGCUUAUGGAACAAGACAUCGAUGGAUGCUAGGGUGUUAUGAUGCUUUACAAAGAAAAUAUCUGAGGAUGGUCAUUCUAGCUGUAUAUACCAAUCCAGAAGACCCUCAGACAAUUUCAGAAUGCUACCAAUUUAAGUUCAAGUACACAAAAAAUGGACCAGUCAUGGAUUUUGUAAGUAAAAAUCAAAACAAUGAAUCUAACAUGUCAUCUGCUGACACCAAGAAAGCAAGUAUUCUCCUCAUUCGCAAGAUUUAUAUUCUAAUGCAAAAUCUGGGACCUUUACCUAAUGAUGUUUGUUUGACCAUGAAACUUUUCUACUAUGAUGAAGUUACACCCCCAGAUUACCAACCUCCUGGCUUUAAAGAUGGUGAUUGUGACGGGGUAACAUUUGAAGGGGACCCUAUGUAUUUAAAUGUGGGAGAAGUCCCAACACCUUUUCACACCUUCAAAGUAAAAGUGACCACUGAGAGAGAACGAAUGGAAAAUAUUGAUUCAACCAUACUAUUACCAAAACAAUUAAAAACACCACUUCGAAAAAUCCUGAUGGACAAAGAUGAUGUUGAAGAUGAAAAUUACUUAUGUGUCCUCCAUCACUUUGAUUGUCUAGCCAAGAGUCAGUUCCAAAGUGGAGAAAGUUUAGUGAACCAAAGGAACAUGUAUAAACAUUACAUUUUCCUUCUGCACGUUUGCAAAGUUCUUCUAAACAUUUAA